AUGCAGCGGUCAAUCCGAUUAGUGCUUUUGAGCGCUCGGCAGGCGCAAGCAUCUCGCCGAGCCAUUGCCACUGCAACUACCUCAAAACGGGAGAAAAUCAAAGUCGACAAUCCUGUAGUGGAUCUCGAUGGCGAUGAGAUGACUCGAAUAAUCUGGGCCGACAUCAAGAAGAAGCUGAUUCUUCCAUACCUUGACAUUGACAUCAAAUAUUUUGACUUGGGCCUACCUCACAGGGACGAGACAAAUGAUGAGGUUACCCAUGCUGCAGCCGAGGCCAUCAAAAAAUACAAUGUAGGUAUCAAAUGCGCCACAAUUACUCCAGAUGAAGCGAGAGUUAAAGAAUUCAAGUUGAAAAAGAUGUGGCUGUCACCCAACGGGACCAUCCGAAAUAUCCUCAACGGUACCGUGUUUCGAGAGCCAAUUAUUUGCAAAAACAUUCCACGUCUGGUUCCUGGCUGGGAAAAACCAAUUGUGAUUGGAAGGCAUGCUUUCGGUGAUCAGUACCGUGCGACCGAUCUCGUCGUACCGGAAGGUUCAACGCUGGAACUUGUUGUUAGAGGACCAGAUGGUAAGGAAGAGAGGAGGACUGUAUACAAUUACGAACACACGGGUGGUGUUGGAAUGGCCAUGUACAACACCGAUGAGAGCAUCCGCGGUUUUGCUCAUUCUUGCUUCCAAUAUGCUCUAAUGAAGAAAUGGCCCUUGUACUUGAGCACGAAAAAUACUAUUUUGAAACGGUAUGACGGACGUUUCAAGGACAUUUUCCAGGAAAUUUAUGAAGGGAAUUAUGAGAAGGAUUUCAAAGCAGCUGGUACGUGGUAUGAGCACAGGUUGAUUGAUGAUCAGGAAAGUUUUAUGGCCAAUGUCAAUGCUCCAUCAUCAACAUUUCAGGUCGCUCAGUGUCUCAAGAGCGCUGGAGGUUUCGUCUGGGCCUGUAAAAACUACGACGGUGAUGUUCAGAGCGACAUUGUUGCGCAAGGCUACGGCUCGCUCGGUUUGAUGACUUCAGUUCUGAUGUGUCCAGAUGGAAAAACUAUGGAGGCCGAGGCUGCCCAUGGUACUGUUACCCGGCACUACAGGGAAUAUCAGAAGGGAAAUCCCACGUCUACGAAUCCGGUAGCAUCAAUUUUUGCAUGGUCUCGAGGAUUACACCAUCGUGGAGUGUUGGACAAAAACGAGAAGUUGAAGAGAUUUGCUCACACCUUGGAAAAAGCAUGUAUCGAAACCAUUGAGGAAGGUAAAAUGACUAAGGAUUUGUCAAUAUGUAUCCAUGGCUCUAAGAAGGGCACUGAGAAAGGCAUGUUCCUUGUUACUGAGGACUUCCUUAGUGCCAUUGAUAGUAAACUGGCCUGUCUGAUGAACUGA